UAUAAGUGCGGAAGUACGCCAUUUAAGAACACUGCUCCCGGUACGAUAGCGCCAGACUGGGCAGGCGUGGCCGUGGGUGGGGUGGUCCUAGUAGGCGCAGUCGGCGACGGGAAGCAUCAUGGUCGCCCUGGCUCGCUAGUUUACACGCUGACAAAGGAACGUCGUUUGAGGGGAGGACGGUAGACAUGCACUGAGUGUUCUCCUCGACCCAGACCUGGUUGGAACACAUCAACUGUGGAAGAUGAGCAAGUCCCCAACCCCCCAGGGCACCCCGGUGCAGCGCAGCCCCAGUGAUGGGGUCCCGGAGGGCCUCCAGUCUCCUCAGCAGUCAACACCGAGCUCUGGACCGGCACUUAAGAAACGCAUCUCCAGCCUCCUUCAGAGUCCGUCAUUCAAGGAAGAGCUGGAUGUGCUGAUUCAGGAGCAGAUGAAAAAAGGCGGCAACUCCUCCAACCUAUGGGCCCUCAGACAGUUGGCGGACUACAUGGCCCUGCAUGGCUCCCCGGCCUCCCUACCAGUCUCCCCAUCCAACAUGAUGAUGGUGACGCCCAUUAACGACCUGCAGGCCUGUGAUCCUGGCACCAUGGUGAAAGGGGAACGACUGAUGCGCUGCAAACUCGCCAGCAUCCAUCGUCUGUUCGAUCUUUACGGCUGGGCCCAGAUCGGUCACACUUCUCUCACUCUGCGAGUAAGCAAAGAACUGGAACAUUUCUUGGUGCUACCAGAUGGCCUGGCCUACAGCGAGGUAUCGGGAUCAAGCCUGGUCAAGGUGAAUAUCUUGGGUGAAAUAGUGGAGAAGGGCAGCACCAACCUCGGUGUGGACACGGAGAAGUUCAGUCUGCACUCGGCCAUCUACUCCGCCCGCCCUAACGUUCGCUGUCUGCUCCACCUUCACACACCGGCCACAGCUGCAGUGUCAGCAGUUAAAUGUGGCCUCCUGCCGCUGUCCCACGAGGCCCUGCUGGUCGGCGACGUCGCCUACUUCGAAUACAACGGCGUCAUGGAGGCGGAGGAAGAACGUGUGGAGCUUCAGAAGAGCCUCGGGCCAACUUGCAAAGUACUGGUGCUUAGAAAUCACGGAAUAGUCGCCCUGGGGGAGUCCGUGGAAGAGGCCUUCUUCACGAUCUACCACAUCCAGGCUGCCUGUCAGAUACAGGUGUCAGCACUGUGCAGUGCGGGCGGUGAAAAAAACCUGAUCAUGCUGGACCGCACCACCUAUAAACCCAACUAUGCUGGCACUGUGGGCAGAGCCGGCUCCACCUUUGGCCCCAUGCACAAAAGUCGCAUUGGGGAACACGAGUUUGAGGCCCUCAUGAGAACCUUAGAUAAUUUGGGGUACCGUACAGGCUACGCGUACCGUUUCCCCUUGCUUCUGGAAAGAUCGCGAACUCGAAGGGAUAUCGAAGUUCCUGCGACCGCCACAGCCUUUCACCAGUUUGACGACGACGGAGUUCCUCUGGGUCUCAAGCAGCACCCUUUUACUCAGCGCCAGCAGCAGGAGAGAACGCGAUGGCUCAACACCCCGAACACCUACCAGAAAGUCAGCCAGGAGCAGGCCAGUCCUGGACAGCGCACCACCUGGAUGAAGGCCGAAGAGAUGACACAAGCCGGCAGUACGUCCAUGAAGAUGGAGAACCCCAACCAGUUUGUCCCUCUUUUUACCAACCCCCGAGAGGUGAUCGAGACCCGGAAUAAGAUCCGACAGCAGAAUCGCCAGGACAUGAAGACCGCAGGCCCACAGUCUCAAGUCCUUGCUAGUGUAAUAACAGAUGAUAGUCCUCCGUCUCCGGUCACUCCGCCCCAAGUCCCACCGGAACCUGAAACUCCCAACCCCUUUAACCAGCUGACCGACCAGGAACUGGAGGAGUACCGGAAAGAAGUGCAGAAGAAACAGGACGAUGGGACCAAUGGGGAGGAGGUGGCAAAUGAGACUUCCCCUGCUACCUCCCCCACGAACCAGCCUCCCAUCACAGGGGACGCAAAGACAGACACUCCAGUCAUACAGAACGGAGGGGAGGAGGAAAAGCAGACGACGGAAGAGCUGGAGAAAAGCAUGAAGGCCCUUUCCACCAAUGACACCUCCGCUCCUGCCGCCCCGCCCGCCAAACCACAGGGCGGGACCCCCGAGGGCUCGCCGUCAAAGUCCCCGUCCAAGAAGAAAAAGAAGUUCAAGCCGCCGUCGUUCCUGAAGAAGAGCAAGAAACAGAAGGAGAAAGUAGAAACCUGAGCUGAUGAAAAAACUGCUCAGCUGUUUUUUUGUGUAUAAUGUAGUAACAGACCGGUGCUUUUCCAACACGGUAACAACGCCACUGACGGACUUGGUGUUCUGACACAUGGUCACACUUUUACGCUUUGGUUCAAAGAGGGGGAAAAAAAACCUACAAGUUGUCCACAACCUCUCAUUUUCACCUCACUUCUCAACACUUUCUCAUUUCUUUUUGUCACCAGGGGUGUAACGGUACGUGUAUUUGUAUUGAACCGUUUCGGUACGGGGAUUCCGGUUCGGUUCGGAAGUGUACCGAACGAGUUUCCACACGGACAUAUUAAGUAGCGUAACGCACGUUGUGUAAACAAUGCACACCGAGGCACAACACACGGCGUGCUAGCAGCUAACGGCCUAGGAUAGACUGACCAUACGUCCUCUUUUCACCGGACAUGUCCUGUCAGGGCGGAGUUUCUUAAAUGCCUCAAAUGUCCGGCAUUUUGAGUUAGGGUUGCGUGUAUUUUCAAUGUACGUUCAGGGUUAAGAAGGGGUUAAAAACAAAACAAAUUGUGCAUGCAGCAGCAUUGGUAAUGAAGGGGCAGAGACAGAGACAGAGAGAGAGUUAUGAUAAACGCGCAUGCGUCGCCAGGCUCUGCUUUUUAUCCAUAGAUUUAUCACAUUUAAUUUUCUAUUAUCUAUAGCAGGGGUGUCAAAAGUGUGCCCCGGAGGCCAUUUGCAUGUUUUAAAGGCCCACGGCACAUUCUAAAAAUACUAUUAAAAUAAAUAAAAACAUAAACAAAAGUGAAAUAAAAAAGCUUAAAGGUGAAAUGUAAUUUAGAAAAAGUUGCAAUGUUGACUAAUAAAACAAAGCUGUUUUUUUUUUUCUUUCAAACUGUCAUUGCUCAAAACAUAAUAUUGAAUCAAAAUCAAUGUUAUUAUGAAUUAUUGACCUAUCCAAGGUUCCCAUUACUUCACAUCAAAUAUUCCACUAAG